AUGUGGUUACUGAUCUCUCUCAUUUCGACAUGUCUUCUAUUCCAAUCAGUGUCGGCACAUGAGGACACUGAUCCCGAGUUGAACAUGAAUACGUCCCAAAUCAUCGAGCGUUGGGGGUACAAAGCCGAGGUGCACACCGUCACCACAUCCGAUGGUUAUAUUUUGGAAAUGCAGAGGAUUCCUUGUGGAAAAACCAAUGUAACAUGGCCGAAUGGAAAACGUCCGGUUGUCCUUAUGCAGCAUGGACUACUGGCGUGUGCAAGCGAUUGGGUGGUCAAUUUGCCGGAUCAGAGUGCAGCAUUCGUCUUCGCCGACGCCGGAUUCGACGUGUGGCUUGGUAACGUCCGUGGCACCACUUACGGCAGAAAACACACCUCGCUCGACCCAUCGGAAACCGCAUUCUGGCAAUUCAGUUGGGAUGAAAUGGCGGAAUUCGAUGUGACUGCGAUGGUGGAUCAUGUGUUGGCAAUGACUGGACAAGACAACUUGUAUUAUAUGGGACACUCUCAGGGAACACUGAUUAUGUUCACUAGACUGGCGAAGGAUACGGAUGGAAGUUUCGCGAAGAAGAUUAAGAGAUAUUUCGCAUUGGCUCCGAUUGGUGCGGUGAAGAAUAUUAAGGGAUUCCUGUCGUAUUUUGCACACAAGUUCUCGCCGGAAUUUGAUGGAUGGUACGACCUGUUUGGCUCCAAAGACUUCCUCCCGGACAACUGGAUUACCAAAAUGGCGACCAAAGACAUUUGUGGAGCCUCCGAGGCGGAAUCGGAGAAGUGUGACAAUGAGCUCUUCCUAAUCGCCGGACCAGAAAGUGACCAGUGGAACGCUUCCCGUACCGCUGUCUACACCUCCCAGGACCCUGCUGGAACAUCCACUCAGAAUAUUGUUCACUGGAUGCAGAUGGUUCGUCACGGACGGGUUCCCGCGUUCGAUUGGGGGAAGAAGAUAAAUAAGAAGAAGUACGGACAGGACACACCGCCAGAGUAUGACUUUGGAGCCAUUAAAAGAACGAAGAUCCAUUUGUAUUGGAGUGACAAUGAUUGGUUGGGAGACCCGACGGAUAUUAAUGAUUUCUUGUUGAAGGAGUUGAAUCCGGCGGUGAUUGCGGAGAAUACGAAUCUCAAAAACUUUAAUCAUUUGGAUUUCUCGUGGGGAUUGAGUGCGACACCCGAAGUUUAUUUGCCCGCGUUGAAGACUUGUACAGAUGAUUAUUUGGGGAAAUGA